AUGGGCUCUCCGGUGCCGCCGCCCCCGCCGGUGCCGCCGCCGGUGCCGCCGCCCCCCCCAGCGCUGUCGCCGGGUGCGCGGCUGCGGGCGCUGCACUGGGAGCCGGUCCCCGCCUGGCGGGUGCGGGGCCGCCGCUCGGUCUGGGCCCCGCCGCCCGCGCUGCUCCCGCCGCUGGACUUGCCCCGGCUCCGGGCGCUGUUCCGGGAGCCCCGCGGGGUCGCCCCGGGGCAGCGCCCGGCGCCCGCGGCCGCGCUGCUGGAGCACAAGCGGAGCCUCGCCCUCGGCGUCUUCCUCAAGCAGCUCAAGCGCCCCGUCGAGCAGGUAGUGAGGGACAUCGAGGAGGGCGUCGGGGCUCCCUAUGGGGCAGAGAAGCUUCUGGAGCUGUCCCGGCUGCUGCCCAGCGCCGCGGAGGUCGCCCGGCUGGGAGCGCACCUCGGUAGUCCCCGGCAGCUCCCCGAGCCCGAGCGCUUCAUGGUGCUGCUGACCCGGGUGCCCAGCUACGCCCAGCGCCUGGAGCUGCUGGUGCUGCAGGAGGAGUUCUCCCCGCGGCUCCGCGCCCUCCGCGGCUCCAUCCAGACCCUGGCGGCCGCCGGUGCCGAGCUGAUGGAGUGUGAGGAGCUGCACCGCAUCCUGCACCUCAUCCUGAGCGCCGGCAACCACCUGAACGCGGGGGGCUACGCCGGCAGCGCCGCCGGCUUCCGCCUCGCCUCGCUGCUCAAGCUCCCCGACACCAAGGGCAACGAGCCCGGCAUGGACCUGCUGCACUUCGUGGCCAUGGAAGCGGCCCGGAUGGACCGGACCCUGCUGGACUUCCCGGACAAGCUGCGCCACGUGGGCCUGGCCUCGCGCAUCGACGCGGCCGAGGUGGAGCGGGAGCUGCGGCGGCUCGCGGGGCGGCUCGCGGGGGCGCGCGGGCUGAGCGCGGCGGCGCCGUUCCUGCGCGCGGCCGAGGAGGAGCUGCGCGCGGCCUGGCGCGCCCUGGAGCAGCAGCAGCGCGCGGCCGCCGCCACGCUCGACUUCUUCUGCGAGGAGGCGGCGGCGGGCGCGCUCCCGGCGCUCUGCUCCGUCCUGCACCGCUUCGCGCUCGCUCUGCGCGCGGCCGCGGGCGACAACGGCCGCCGGGAGCAGGCGCAGCGCCGGCGGCUGCAGCUGGAGCGCGGGAAGCGCCACUCCAUCGCCGCCUGCUCCGCGCCCCCCGACACCGGCGCCCCGCGCCGCGCCCCGCUCACCCCGCAGCCCCCGCGCCGCGGCUCCGAGCCCGCCCCGCCCCAGCAGGACCCGCCCGUUCCCGCGCCGCUGCCCCCGGCCGGUGCUGCUGUUGGGGCGCUCCCGCUCGGCCCCAGCCCCGAGCCGCCCCCCUCGGCCCCGGCCGCCCCCCGCCAGGGCUGGGCCGUGCUGCGCCUCCUGCGGCGCCUGGCGGCGGGGCCGGGCCGCGGGGCCCCCCCGAGCUGAGCCCGCGCUGUUUCCCUGUCCCGUGUCCGUCCC